GUUCCUCAACCAGGAUCUAUGGAGAGACAGUUGCUAGUCUUUAGCACACAUUCAACCUAUUUAGCAAUUGUAGCUAUCAAAGUUCUUGAUAUAACUUGUCAUUCGUACCUGUGCCGAUUUUUUACACGGUCCCGACUGGAGAAAUCUGGCAAUGAGUGUGAGAGAGAGAGAGAUCAUUUGGAGACGUCGGUGCACCGCUCACUUGGGUUUUGGGGAGUGAACCAAACAGCCAUGGUGAUAAAAGUCUUUAUAGCGUCAUCCUCCGGAUCGACAGCGAUUAAGAAGCAGCAGCAAGACAUCAUGGGUUUCCUAACUGUCAACAAGAUUGACUUUAAGGAGUGUGACAUCGUCACUAGUGAAGACAACAGGAAGUGGAUGAGGGAGAAUGUACCUGAGGACUUCAGACCAAUGACGGGGGUCCCCCUGCCUCCACAGAUAUUUAAUGAAGAACAUUACUGUGGGAACUAUGAGGCCUUCUUUGAUGCCCGUGAGGAGCAUGCAGUGUAUGCAUUCUUGGGCCUAACAGCCCCUCCAGGCUCCAAGGAAGCAGAGGCCUUGGCCACACUGGAGCAACAGUAGCCGUAUGGUUUUGAUUAGCGGACCACAGUGCCCUCUCCUGGCAUCCUCCCGUCAGCUCUACAGCAGCUUGCCACUGCUCGUCUGGAAAACGUCUUCUCAGAGCAAUCAUAGAGCUUUAUUUUGUUGUGAAAGGUAAUCAGACUGGGAUCGAAUUGACCAAAUGUUGUGUUUUUUGACAAUGUCUUUAAAGUGGUGACCUUGUACUGUUACAAUAGUUCAAGCCAAUGCUGGGCAGUAUCCAGUGUUCAAUAUGAUAUUGAUAUCAAGGCGGAAUGAGUACCCAAAUACUAGGCAUUUAGUAGAUGAUAAAGACAUGCUUUGCACAUACAGUGGGGAAAAAAAGUAUUUAGUCAGCCACCAAUUGUGCAAGUUCUCCCACUUAAAAAGA